AUGUCUCGCUAUGUGCAACGUCCGGAAAAUGCUCUGAAAAGAGCGAACGAAUUCAUCGAUGUUGGUAAGAAGGCGCGUGCCCUGGACACCCUCCAGGAGGUGUUCCGGGCGAAGAAAUGGAACUACAACUGGUCCGAGUCGGUCAUCGAACCGGUCAUGUUCAAGUAUCUGGAUCUUUGCGUGGAGCUGAAGAAAUCGCAUAUCGCGAAGGAAGGUCUGUUCCAGUACCGGAACAUGUUCCAGCUGGUGAACGUAGGCUCGCUAGAGAAUGUGAUCCGCGGUUACCUGAAGAUGGCUGAGGAGCGCACGGAACAAGCGCAACAGCAGUCGUCCCAGGCCAUCCUGGACAUAGACGAUCUGGACAAUUUGGCUACGCCCGAAUCGAUCCUGAUGAGUGCGGUGUGCGGCGAAGACGCUCAAGAUCGCUCGGACCGUACGAUCCUGCUGCCGUGGGUAAAGUUUCUGUGGGAAAGCUACUGCCAGUGUUUGGAGCUGCUGAAGGUGAAUUCGCACUGCGAAACGCUGUACCACGACAUUGCCCGGAUGGCAUUUCAGUUCUGUCUGAAGUACAACCGCAAGAUGGAGUUCCGCAAGCUGUGCGAGAAGCUGCGCAAGCAUCUGGAGGACAUUAGCAAGGUAUCGUCGCAGACGGCGAAUGUGAGCAUCUCGAAGCCGGAAACGCAGCAGCUCAAUCUGGAGACGCGCUUGCAUCAGCUCGACUCUGCCAUCCAGAUGGAGCUGUGGCUGGAGGCGUAUAAGGCCAUCGAGGACAUUCAUGGGCUGAUGGCAAUGUCGAAGAAAACGCCACUACCGAAGACAAUGGCACUGUACUACACGAAGCUGGCCAUGGUGUUCUGGAAGGCAGGCAAUCAGCUGUUCCACGCCUCGGCACUGCUGAAACUGUUCCAGCUGUCGCGUGAUAUGAAGAAGAACGUAACAGCAGAGGAAAUCCAGCGCAUGACGACGCAUGUACUGAUUGCCACGUUAGCUAUUCCGCUACCAUCGGCCCAUCCGGAGUUUGAUCGGUUCAUCGAAACGGACAAGAGUCCCAUGGAGAAGGCACAGCGUCUGGCGUUCCUGCUCGGGCUGCAACAAUCACCCUCCAGGGCUCUCUUGCUCAAGGAGCUGAUCCGAUUGAAUGUUCUGCAGCUGGCAGCGCCCCAAUUUCGUCACCUCUACCAUCUGCUGGAGGUGGAGUUUGAUCCACUGAAUCUGUGUGAACAGGUGCAAAAGAUCGUGGACGACAUUGAGGCUGAUCCGAACUCGGUGUACGGACAGUACGUGCAGGCCUUGAAGGACGUUACGUUGGUGCGGCUGGUGCGUCAAAUUUCACAAGUAUAUCAAACGAUUGAGUUCCCGCGUCUGUUGGAGUUGGCAAAGUUUGCCGAUUACCACCACCUGGAGCGCAUUCUGGUGGACUGUGUGCGUCACAACGAUAUGCAGAUUACGAUCGACCAUCGCAACGGGUGUGUACAUUUCGGAACGGAUCUUUCGGAGAGCCAGCGGGAGGACCAUCCGGACGGGCCGACGCUGCAGUCGAUGCCCUCGGAGCAGAUCCGGUCGCAGCUGGUCAAUAUGUCGGUGGUGUUGCACAGGGCCAUUGCUACGAUCGAUCCGAACCGCAAGAAGGAGGAAAGGGAACGAUUGCGCGCGCAAAUGGUGCAUCAGUACGAGGAGAACGCGGACAAGGAGCACCAACGCAUUUUGCAGCGCCAGAAGAAGAUCGAAGAUCGCAAGGAAUACAUCGAGCGGAUGAAUCAGGAGCGCGAGGAGGAAGAGCUGCGCCAGGCAGAGGAGCAGGCUCGUAUGUUGAAGCUGGCCGAACAGCGCCGGCUGGAAGCGGAGAACGAGGAACGGGAGCGCAAGCGGCACGAAAACGAGCUGCAGAUGAUGAAGGAGCGCAACAUGAAGGAGAAGAUCGAACAGAUCAAACAGACCGCUACCGGGCAGAAGCUGCUGAAGAAGCUGGACGAGGAAGAGAUCCGCAAGCUGAACACGGAAGAGAUUGCGGCCCGCGAAGCGGAAGAACGUCUGAAGGAGCGCAAGGCGCAUGACAACAACCUGAAGACGCAGGAAAAGAAGAUCGAUUACUUCGAGCGUGCCAAGCGGCUGGAGGAGAUUCCGCUCAUCGAGAAGUAUCUGCUGGACCGUUCGGUGCAGGACAAAGAGUUCUGGGAGAAGCAGGAAGCGGACCGCAUUGAGGCGGCCAUUGCCGAGCGCAAGAAUGCGGAGGCGUGCCAGGAACGGUUGAAGCGAAUGUUGCCCGAUCGCGAUGUGUACUGGCAGCAGCUGAAGAACGAGCGUGGCAAUCAGUUCGCGGAAAAGUUGAAGCUUUUCAAUUUGGCGCUGGAAGAGGAACGCAAACGUCGGUUGGCAGAUCGCGUUGUUAAGCGCCGCGAGGAGCGCCGUAUGAAGUGGCUGAAGGAGAAGGAGGAGGAACGGCGCCGUAUUGAGGAAGAAAUUCGCAAGCAGAAGGAAGAGGCAGAUCGCAUUGAGCGUGAGCGCCGUGCCGAGGAGAGACGCAUUGCGGACGAAAAGAACCGCCAGCUGGCGGAGAAGCAGCUCGCUAUUGCGGAAGAGGUGGAGCGCAGACGGAAGGAAGAGCUUGAGCAGAUGAAAGAAGCGGACGGUCGUCGGGACCGGCGUGCUGGAGGUGCCAGUGAUCCGAAACCUGAAGAAAGCUGGCGUAGAGGGCCAGCGGCUGCUACCCCUAAUCCUGCCGCCACCACUAGUGAUGAACCGAAGAAGAAUGUCUGGCAGGCAUCUGGCCGAUAUGCACCCGGACCCCGUGAGCGAGGUGCAGAGACAGGAGCCAAAGAUAAGUGGCGUACGGGGCCGGAAGAUCACGAGAAGGAUGGAGGUGCACGUGAAGGUGGCGGUAUGCGUCGUGGAGGGGAGAUGCGUCGUGGACAGGAUGACCGUGGACCUAUCCGACGUGGUGCUGGUGGUGAUGACCGUGGCGAGCGUGACGAUCGUGGACCGAUCCGUCGUGGUGGUGCUCCACCGGCAACUGGAGGUCCACGCCGCGGAGAUGAUCGUCCGGGCGGUGGGUUCAAUCGUGAUCGUCGCGAUGACCGUGGUCCACGAGGCGGUGACCGUGAUAACAAUUGGCGCCGCGGUCCGGCCGAAAAUAGCGAUGAAAACCGACGCGGCCCGGGACAGCGUGAUGAAGGACGACAGGACACUUGGCGCAAUCCGCGUCAGGAGGCUGCACCCAAACCGAAAGAAGAACGACCACAGCGUGAACCUCGCCCUCAGGAAAAUGUACCCCCACGCAGUAACGCCGGCCCAGAUGAAGAAGGAUGGACGGAUGUGAAACACCGUUAG